CUGCUUCUCUGCCAUAACAUAUGUGGUAACUGCUGAUGACGAUAUCAGAAACGGAAGUUUAUUUUUUUUUAGUGUCAUCAGAUUGCAAAACCUACUCAUGCUUGCACCUGGAAAGCUGUAGGAAGAAUGAUGUCUGCAGUAUAGACCUGUAAGGAAAGUAACCAUUAGUAUACAUGAACCACGCAGAUCUCAGAUGUAGACUAUCCGGUAUAUUUGUUUUGGACUGGAUGAAUUUGGAAGCUGUGUCUGUCAACACGCGGUAGGAUUGCAAAUAAGGUUGUGCCAACACAGUGCCAAAUGAUGGGGGUUCCCAGUGGGUUCUUAGAACUAUGCCAACGUCUGCCUCUUCUGUCAGCACUCCGAAAUGGAAGCAGAUGGGGAUGGAAGAACAGUGGCAACCUCGCCACAAAUGUCUUCCUUAGGACCUACACCUCAAAGAGAUCCGUUUCCACAGCCCCCGGCCUUCAUGUGGCAGACUUGACUGAAAGGGAGAAGGGAGUUGUGGACAAGCUUUACAAUGGCCUUGUGACGAGUCAUAGGGCAGCACUUGCGGAGUCAAUUACCCUGGUGGAGACGCAGCACCCAAGAAAGAAGGAGCUUGCCCAGGUCCUGCUGCAGAGGGUGCUGGCGUACAGGCAGGAGCAGGAGAUAGCCAAUGGAAACCAACCUGUGGCCUUCAGAAUUGGGCUGUCAGGUCCUCCUGGUGCAGGUAAAUCCACCUUCAUCGAGGUGUUGGGGAAGAUGCUGACCGCACAAGACCAUAGAGUGUCGGUCCUUGCCGUUGACCCGUCCUCUUGCACAACAGGAGGGUCAUUGAUGGGGGACAAAACGCGUAUGACGGAACUAUCCAGAGAUAUGAAGGCCUUCAUCCGCCCAAGCCCUACAGCCCUACACCUCGGAGGGGUCACAAGGACCACCAAUGAGGCCAUUGUGCUGUGUGAAGGAUCAGGCUAUGAUGUGGUUUUAGUUGAAACAGUUGGUGUUGGCCAAUCUGAGUUUGCAGUGGCAGAUAUGGUUGACAUGUUUGUGUUACUGAUACCACCAGCAGGGGGCGAUGAACUGCAGGGGAUAAAGAGGGGUAUUAUUGAGAUGGCAGAUUUGGUGGUAGUGACCAAGUCUGAUGGAGACCUAGUGGCUCCGGCUCGUCGGAUACAAGCAGAGUACACCAGUGCCCUGAAGCUGCUGAGGAAGAAGUCCAAGUCCUGGAGACCAAAGGUGGUCCGCGUGUCGUCUGAAACAGGAGAGGGCGUGGUUGACCUGUGGAACACCAUGCUGGCCUUCAAGGCAGCAGGCCUGCAGAGCGGAGAGCUACUGACCCGCAGACGCAACCAGCAGAGAGUGUGGAUGUGGAACCUGAUCCAGGAGAACGCCUUGAGACACUUCCAGGAGCACCCUGCCGUGCGCUCUACGCUGCCCCACCUGGAGCAGAGGGUGACCCGGGGGGAGAUCUCACCUGGGCUGGCAGCGGACCUCCUCCUCAAGGCUUACACCUCCACCUCAUGAACAGGAGCAAGGGGCCAAAAACAAUCGCUUCCCAGGAGAAAUGCCUCAAAGUGUGUCGGUCUAGCGAGAUCCUGGGAAGCACUAAUGUGUGCCAGAGACUGACUGGAAGCACUCCCUGCUCCACUUGUGCAGCUUAGCUGGGUGUUGGUAAGCUCUGCCAGGGGACAACAGGGAGCGGUGGAGUCGUUGGAGUGAUACUGACUUUCUCCGUGUGAUGUGUGUGUCUUUGAUCAAGACAUGUGUGAUAACAGCCAUGUGUGAUAACAGCUGCUCAAACUUUGGGGUGAACUGUGAGGUGAAUUUCUCAUCCUUGCUAAUGACUAUCACUGUCAGAUUAUAUUAUCACUGUCAUGACUAUACUGUAGAUUUUAAGGGAUCCCACUCACAAGUCAAAUUUCUCUCCUGUACUGUGAACCACUUUGGAUAAAAGCAUUUGUUAAAUCAA